UUUCCAUUUUUAGGAAAUAUAUCUUUCAGAGCCAAGGGGCAUGCACCUUCUCUAAUAAGAAAUCCCCAGAAGCUCUGUAUCAAUAAUACAAAACAAACACACUUUUUAAUUUUGGCAAAAUACAUAAAGAAAAUAUAUUCAACUAUUAUGGCUAAAAAAAUAGUCAUUGGUGGCUUAGCGUCAAUUCUUGUGGUGGCUUGUGUGGUUGCAGCAGCUGUCACCAUUACCACCAAAAAGAGUGGGGGCGAUUCAUCCAGUGGUGGUGGUGGUGCUGCUAGCAACAAUGCAAUUUCAACCUCUACAAAAUCUGUGAAAGCAAUGUGCCAACCUACUGAUUACAAAGAAGUUUGUGAGAAGAGUCUUGCAUCAGCCAAGAACACUAGUGACCCAAAGGAACUUAUUAAAGUUGCAUUUGAAUCCACCAUCACUGACAUAAAAAAUACCAUAAAAAACACUGACUUGAUGAAGGAUGCAGCCAAAGAUCCUAGAACCAAAGAUGCUCUACAAACUUGUGAAGGUCUUCUUGAUGUCUCUAUUGAUGAUCUAAGAAGAUCUUUUGAUAAAGUUGGCACCUUUGAUAUCAAUAAGAUCAAGGAUUACACCGAUGAUCUAAAAACAUGGAUCAGUGCUUCAAUUACUUAUCAACAAACUUGCUUAGAUGCUUUUCAGAAUACAACUGGUGACACUGGUGAGAAAAUGAAGAAAUUUUUAAAGACUGCUGGUGAGCUCACUAGCAAUGGCCUUGCCAUGAUCAGUAGCUUUGGUGACAUGCUCACAAACAUGCACAUCGCGGGCAUUAAACGCCGAUUAUUGACAACUGAUUCUGACUACACAUCAUUCGUCGAUGCUGGAUCUCGUAGGCUUCUUCAAGUUUCUAAUAUCAAGCCUAAUGCUGUGGUCGCUCAAGAUGGAAGUGGACAAUACAAGACCAUCAAAGAAGCCCUUAAAGCUGUGCCCCCAAAGAACACCCAGACCCAUGUUAUCUUAAUCAAGGCUGGUGAAUACAAGGAGACGGUUGAUAUCCCAAGAGGUAUGAAAAACGUUGUGUUUAUUGGUGAAGGCCCAACCAAAACCAAGAUUACUGGCAACAAGAACUUUGCUGAUGGCACUGCCACUUUCCAUACUGCCACCGUUGCGGUGAAUGGAGAUGGUUUCGUAGCGAGGGAUAUCGGCUUCCAGAACACAGCAGGAGCAAUGAAACAUCAAGCAGUUGCACUCCGUGUGUCAGCCGAUAAGACAGUUAUCUACAACUGCAACAUUGAUGGGUACCAAGAUACUCUGUACGCUCAUUCCUACAGACAAUUCUACAAAGACUGUAGCAUCACAGGAACCAUUGACUUUGUUUUUGGCGAUGCAUCUGCCGUGUUCCAAAACUGCAAAAUGAUUGUAAGGAAACCAGGUGACAACCAAGCUUGCAUGGUCACCGCUCAAGGUAGAAAAGACCCUCGUGGGGUCGGUGCAAUCGUAUUGCAGAACUGCGAAGUCAGGGCAGAGCCAGCAUUCACUAGCACCCAGCCACCAAUCAAAGCAUAUCUUGGACGUCCAUGGAAAGAAUAUUCGAGGACCAUUAUCAUGCAAACUUAUAUUGAUGGGUUCAUUAAUCCUGAAGGAUGGGCUCCAUGGAAUGGUAACUUUGCUCUAAACACGCUAUUUUAUGCAGAGUAUCAGAACAAGGGACCUGGAGCAAACACUGACAAAAGGGUUAAGUGGGCUGGUUACAAGAGAAACAUUUCACCACAGGAAGCUGAAAAAUAUGCUCCUGGUUACUUCAUUGAUCAAGAUAGCUGGAUUAAGAAGACUGGUAUUUCCUAUUGAUGAAUCUGUAACAACUUUAAUUAUAUUCCUUUAUAAAUCUAUUUUUCUACCGAUGAAAAAUAAAAGAUAUCCAUCUAUGUUGCUUUUUAAUUUCUUUCUUUGUACCUAAGGAUGUAACGUAAUAUUUAGUUUUAGUUUUUAUUCAUAUCUAUAUUUUAGCUUAUGCAAAGUAAGACGGUAAUUCGACUUGGCUUUCA